GGCCAAUGAGAAGGGACAACUAUAAGGUGGGGACAGCCUGCCCCCAUGACUACCAGGCUUUUGUGGCUGGACCAUCUCCUCACUUUCAUGCUGACUGCAGUCUAUGGGUCUGACUCCACACUUGAGGAUUGGGAUUCCAGGGCUCAGGAUGCUGUUGCCACUAGCUGUUCUGCUGCUACUAGUCCUGCCCAGUCACGCCCAGGAUACCACGACUGAAAAACCUGCAGUCCUGCUUCCCCUGCCCAAGGGGGUCUGCAAUGGUUUGAUGGCGGGCAUCCCAGGGUAUCCUGGCCACAAUGGGAUCCCGGGCCGCGAUGGCAGAGAUGGCGCCCCUGGUGCGAAGGGAGAGAAAGGAGAUGCAGGUCUUGCUGGUCCUAAGGGUGACACUGGUGAAACUGGAGUGACUGGGGUUGAAGGUCCCCGAGGCUUUCCAGGAGUCCAAGGCAGGAAAGGAGAACCCGGAGAAAGUGCCUAUGUAUACCGCUCAGCAUUCAGUGUGGGAUUGGAGACCCAAGUCACUGUCCCUAAUGUUCCCAUUCGCUUUACCAAAAUCUUCUACAAUCAACAAAACCACUAUGAUACCACCACGGGCAAAUUCCAUUGCAACAUUCCUGGGCUAUACUACUUCUCCUACCACAUUACAGUCUACUUGAAGGACGUGAAGCUCAGCCUCUACAAGAAGGACAAGGCUGUGCUCUUCACCUUUGACCAAUAUCAGGACAAGGACUUGGACCAAGCCUCCGGCUCUGUGCUCCUCCAUCUGGGGACGGGCGACCAAGUCUGGCUCCAAGUGUAUGGGGAUGGGGAGCAUAAUGGGCUCUAUGCAGAUAAUGUCAAUGACUCCACCUUCACAGGCUUCCUUCUCUACCAUGAUAUCAACUGAUCACCACUAACUCAGAGCCCCUACCGGGCCAAACAAGCCAAGUCAAAGAACAGUACACAGUGUAGUUAGGAGGUUGAUGUUAUUAUCUAGUUGGAGGGCUCUGAACAUUAUUCAUUCAUUUACUCAUUCAUUCAUUUAUCAAGCACCUUUUUUUAAAAAAAUUAUAUACUAGAUUCCCAGUUCUAAAGAAGACAUGUUCCCUGGCCUCAAGGACCUGGUAUAUAGUGGUAAUAAAAGGAUAAAGCAUU